UCUGGUUGUGGUGUCUAUGAUGGCACAGAAAUCCAUGAGGCCUCAGCCAUACUGGUACAUCUUAGUUGUGGGGGAGCUGAGGUUCAGAUGUAUGCUCCAGAUGUUCCUCAGAUGCAUGUCGUUGACCACAGUAAAGGGCAACCAGCUGAAGCUGAGUCAAGGAACGUUUUAGUGGAAUCUGCAAGGAUUGCUCGUGGUAAAAUUGCAAACCUGGCUAAGCUUACUACAGUAGACCAUGAUGCUGUGAUAUUCCCUGGUGGAUUUGGAGCUGCUAAAAACUUAUCUACCUUUGCUGUUGAUGGGAAAGAUUGCAAGGUGAACAGAGAAGUUGAACGUGUCUUGAAAGACUUCCACAAAGCAGGCAAACCUAUUGGUCUUUGCUGCAUUUCACCAGUGUUGGCAGCAAAGGUUCUCUCUGGUGCUGAAGUAACUGUGGGCCAUGAAGAAGAAGAAGGUGGCAAGUGGCCUUAUGCAGGGACUGCAGGAGCCAUUAAAGAACUGGGAGGAAAGCAUUGUGUGAAAGAAGUAACUGAAGCUCACGUGGAUACAAAAAACAAAGUGGUGACUACCCCAGCAUUUAUGUGCGAGACAGAAUUACAUAAGAUCUUUGAUGGCAUUGGGGCCAUGGUAAAGAAUGUGCUAAAAUUAACUGGCAAAUAAAAAAAUAAAAAUCAAAAUGUUUAAAUUUAGGAUGUAGUAUCAAAUAUAAUAUGGACCAAUGGAAACAUUUUCACCUGCUUGUCCUGUUCACGCUUUAGUGAAUGCUGAUACGAAGCUGAUUGAUUCCGAGCUGCAGGAUUUUCCAUGCUGUGUCCGAGCGAGGUGCCUGCGGAAAGGCUCACGGAGUACAAGCCAUCUGGCCUGAGACUCUGAGCAUU